AACAAUUUCUCAGAAUCAUUUAAUUCUAUGAGUUCUAAUAUGAGAGAUAAACCAAUAAUCCAACUAGGCAUGAUGUAUGGUCAGUUAGUAAUGGGUUUGUUAUUUAAGAGAAGGGAAGAAUCUGCUAAGUGGAAUCAAAAUGAUUUGGUCCCUGCUGCUGUUAAGUUGAUAAAUAAGAUGCUUGACUUGGUUGGGAAGUUUGAUACAGAAGGAAGUGUGGUUGGACAGGUUUAUUUGGUAACUAAUGUGUCUACCAAGAAAAUUUUCACAGUGAACAUUGUAGACAAACAAUGCACUUGUUUGCAAUGGCAGCUAAGGGGAUUCCCUUGUCAACAUGCUGUAUGUGCAUUGAAACUGCUCAGGCCAAACUGGAAAGAUUAUUGUGCUCCUUACUACUCUGUGGAAUAUUAUAGGACCAUAUAUGCAGAUGCUGUAAAUCCACUAGAAGACAUAAGUGAAUGGAACUGGGAAGAUAAGGCAUCCAUGGACAUCAACUUAAAGCCUCCUCCUUAUCAAAGAAAAACUGGAAGACCAUCCUGA